CCCAGUUCCUAGUCCUGCCAGGGAUCUUCAGGCUUCCAGCUCUUCCCCAGAGCCCCCUCCCCUCCCUAGAAUUCACGGAGAGUGACAGCCAGUCUGGGAGGUGACAGGUGGAGAACUGACAAAGGGCCCUGUGCUCUGCCAGGGGGCGGGAUGGGGCCUCAGCUGGGCCUUGUGGGGCUGCCUGGCGGCUGGCUCCUCUAUCUCGGGGAAUUCCCCUCCUGCCUAAAAGUCAGCCCAGCCCAGCCCUCCUUCCUGCAGAAGCGCAGCGGGCAGAGGAGCCUUCACAGGGACAACAGCCCCCUCUACACACACCCGCCAUCUCCGUUCUUCCCCAGCCAGGCGGGCACCACGGCAGGGGCUGAGCCACCCCCAUGGAAGGGAGAGGACCCUACCGGAUCUACGACCCUGGGGGCAGCGUGCCUCCAGGAGAGGCAUCCACAGCUUUUGAGCGCCUAGUGGAGGAGAAUUCCCGGCUGAAGGAAAAAAUGCAAGGGAUAAAGAUGUUAGGAGAGCUUUUGGAAGAGUCCCAGAUGGAAGCAUCCAGACUCCGGCAGAAGGCAGAAGAGCUGGUCAAGGACAGUGAGCUGCUCCAGCCACCCUCUUCCUCCUUGGCCUCGUUUGACCACCUAGCCGAGCUGACAGGAAAGGACCCAAAUAUCCUGGCACCUCCCACUGACCCUGCAGACCCCAGUGACAAGCCAGAGCCAGUCCCAAAACCUCCAUCCAGUGGCACCUCCUCUGAAUUUGAAGUGGUCCCUGCUGAGGAACAGAAUUCUCCACCGGAGAGUGGUGGUGGCCCCAGGAACACGAUGCAGGAGCUGGGCCCCCUGCCCCAUGAGGACAGCAACCUGAUGCUGCACCUGCAGCGGCUGGAGACCACCCUGAGUGUGUGUGCUGAGGAGCCGGACCACAGCCAGCUCUUCACCCACCUGGGCCGCAUGGCCCUCGAGUUCAACCGGCUGGCCUCCAAGGUGCACAAGAAUGAGCAGCGCACCUCCAUCCUGCAGACCCUGUGUGAGCAGCUUCGGAAGGAGAAUGAGGUCCUGAAGGCCAAGCUGGACAAGGGCCUGGAACAAAGGGAUCAGGCUGCUGAAAGACUUCGGGAAGAAAAUGUGGAGCUCAAGAAGUUGUUGAUGAGCGGCAGCAACAAAGAUGGUGCCUCCAGGCAGCCAGACUCCCCAAAGAUGGAAGGCACAGGGAAGAAGGUGAUGACCGGCCAGCAGCAGGCUGGUGUGACAGCAGGCAAGGUACCAGAAGUGGGUGUCUUGGGCGCAGCUGAGAAGAAAGUGAAGAUGCUGGAGCAGCAGCGCGCUGAGCUGCUUGAAGUGAACAAGCAAUGGGACCAGCAUUUCCGGUCCAUGAAGCAGCAGUAUGAGCAGAAGAUCACUGAGCUGCGCCAGAAGCUGACCGAUCUGCAGAAGCAGGUGACUGACCUGGAGGCUGAGCGUGAGCAGAAACAGCGCGACUUUGACCGCAAGCUCCUCCUGGCCAAGUCCAAGAUUGAAAUGGAGGAGGCCGACAAGGAGAAGCUGACAACGGAGGCCAAGGAGCUGCGCCAGAAGGUCAAGUACUUGCAGGACCAGCUGAGCCCCCUCACUCGGCAAAGGGAGUACCAAGAAAAGGAGAUCCAGCGGCUCAACAAGGCGCUGGAGGAAGUCCUGAGCCUCCAGACUGCUCCAUCAUCUCCACCAGCAGCAUUUGGGAGCCCAGAAGGAGCGGGGGUCCUCCUAAGGAAGCAGGAGCUGAUCACGCAGAACGAAUUGCUGAAACAGCAGGUGAAGAUCUUUGAGGAGGACUUCCAGAGGGAGCGCAGUGAUCGAGAGCGCAUGAAUGAGGAGAAGGAAGAGCUGAAGAAGCAGGUGGAGAAACUACAGGCCCAGGUCACCCUGUCGAAUGCCCAGAUAAAAGCAUUCAAAGAUGAGGAAAAGGCGAAAGAAGCCCUCAAACAGCAGAAGAGAAAAGCAAAGUCCUCGGGAGAGCGCUACCACAUGGAGCCCCACCCGGAGCACCUGUGCGGGGCCUACCCCUACGCCUACCCACCCAUGCCAGCCAUGGUACCACACCACGGCUAUGAAGAGUGGUCCCAGAUCCGUUACCCUCCGCCCCCCGUGGCCAUGGAGCACCCACCCCCACUUCCCAACUCUCGCUUCUUCCACCUGCCAGAGUACACCUGGCGUUCACCUCGUGGAGGGAUGCGGAAUCAGAGUUCCCAAGUGAUGGACACGCCUGCAGCCAGGCCUGUGGAGCCAGAAUCCACAAAAAGCGAUCGAGAGGGCCCUCAGUGAGACCAGAGUGUAUCCUUGGCUCCACCCUCGUCUUGCAGAGCCAGCUGACCUCAGAUCACCAAAAAACUAGAGACGAUGGGCUCCAUGCGAACAGAGCCUCAGCUGGACGGGCAGCUGGAGUGGGGGUCAGUUUACAGACUCGGGAGGCUCCACCCGGAGGGCUCCGUUUGGGCCCUGCUUUUGGAGUGACCUUUGGAAGAACUCCCUACCCCACCUCCAUGUGGAGAGAGGAGGCCUCAUCUGGCUGUGACCUGCCAUCCUUUGCCAACACCUCCAGGAGAGUCAGUUUCAAGAGUGGGGUGCAGACACGACCCCAUCCUUUCAAAACUUUCUCCCAAGUGCUUCUGGCCCCUCCAGGUGCCACUUCAGUUCAUGUGUGUGUUUCAUUUUUGCUUCAAGUCAUAGCAGGGUGUUGCCCUGCACCCAUCCCUUCCCCUCUGUGAGGAGCUGCGGGAAGAGCGAUCUGCCUCCAGGAGCAGAAGAGAAUAACAGGAUGUUUUGAUGCCGGGGCCCUCUACACCUCCACCCACAGUCGCCUCUGCCAGUGCCACCCACAGCCUGGGAUGAAGGUCACCCCAGCCACAUCCGCCGAGGCUACAGCCUGAAGUUGCCAGGCCCUGACGUUCAGCCCUAGGCCCCGCAGCUGGAGGCUUGUGGCGCCCGGGGGCCCAGAUUGGGGUGGCUGUCCAUCCCUGGGUGGCUGUUUGCACGUUUUUCUUGAACAUAAAUACAAGUUGAAGGUCUGUA